AUGCUGCACCUACUGCCUACCUGCCCGUACGCAUCUGCUGCCUACGCUUCCACAUGCUUCUCUGACUGCACCAUGCUGCUCUGCUGCUGCUGCCCGUACUGCCACUACUGCCCGUGCCAUGCUGCUGCCCAUGCUGCAUCUGCUGCUGACUGCUCUCAUCUUCUCCUGCUGCCCAUGCUGCAUCUGCUGCUGCCCUCAUGCUGCAUCUCUACUGCCGUGCUGCACAUCUUCUGCCUGCCGUGCUGCCUGUCUGCCUCAGUCCGCUACUCCUGCUACCCAUGCUGCCCUCUGCUACUGCCCAUACUGCCUCUACCUGCUCACUGCUGUGCUGCCGCUGUUGCUGCGCAUGCUGCCGCUGCUGCUGUGCUCAUCUGCUGUGCACUACUUCUACUGCUACGCUAUGCUCUCUCUGCCUGCUAUGCCCAUGCUGCCUCUGCUGCUGCCGCUGCUAUGCUGCUAUCUCGCUGCUGCCGCUUGUACUGCCCUCUGCUGGUGCUGCACCAUCUGCUCUGCUGCUGCCAUGCUGCAUCUGCUGCUGCCGUGCCUCUGCGCUGCUGCUGCUCGCUGCCCGUGCUGCUAUCUGCCUGCUUGCUGCAUACAUCUGCUGCUGCCCAUGCUAGCUCUCUGCUGACUGCCCAUGCUACUUACUGCUACCCGUGCUGCCGCAUGCUUACUCUUAACUCUCUUGACUGCUAUCUAUCUGCUGCCAUGCCUGCCUGCUGCUGCCCGUGCUCGCAUCUGCUGCCGCUGCUGCACUGCCCUACUAGCAUCUUCACGGCUGCCGCUGCUGCGUGCUACUGCUCUGUCUUAUCUGUGCUGCUAUCUGCCGCCUGCUACUGCAUGCUGCCGCAUGCUGUUCUGCUGCUGCUGCUGUGCUGCAUCUGCUGCUGCUGCCCACGUGCUGCCACUCUGCUGCUGCCGUGCUGCGUCUCAUGCUAG